UGUAGAUCUAGUAGAUUCUAGCUCUUGCGAAUGACGCUCAAAUAUCUAAUAUAAAUGACUAUUGCCAUUAUUUAAAAGAUGUUGUCAUUUGUCAAUAAUAAGAUGUUUUAUUAAAUAAUAAGAGGUGAUAAUCUUAUUAUUUGAUAUUGCCAUAAAGAGUUUCGACAAGAAUAUUAGAAAAUGAGUUCACCACUUCAUUCACUGAAAAAAAAUAAAAUACCCCUUUAUCCUGGACAUAUGACAGGAAAUCGCCCCAUUCCUUUUCGGCAUCCAGAAUAUUCUGAUGAUGAAAAAAGCUUAUUAGAAGAAAUAACGACACAAGUGACCCAAGAACAUAGAAAAAAGAAUAUGUAUUUCCCUCAUUUAAAUUUGUCAAAUAGCCAGACAGUGCUAAAAAAGCCAGAGUCUUCUAGACGUGACUUUUCUCCUGAAAAGAAGAACGAAGCAACCUCACCACCUUCUGACUUUGAGCUAAUGAAGCUGAUGAUUAACAGAGUAGCUCUGCUAGAACAAAAAACACAAAGUCAGGAGAGUGAAAUCAAAGCUAAAGACCGGCAAAUUAAAAUUCUAGAAGACAAGCUGCAAAUUUUAGAAAAAGCCAGGAAAGAAAACACUACUUCAAAUGAAGUCAAAGACCUAGAGACACAUUGUCUGCUGCUCAAGCAACAGGUACAUGAAAUGGAAACAUUUUUGGCAGAUUAUGGAAUGGUUUGGGUAGGAGAAUCCACAACCUUAGACUCUAAUGUUUAUCUUCGAGAUAGCAUUGAUGAGGAUGAUGAUGAAAAUAAUAAUGUGACAGAAAUAUCUAUUCGAAGUGAUUCUCCGGGCAAUUCAAUAGCUUCAUCUAACCCCUUUGGAAUUUGGCGACAGGACUUGUCACUACCUGUUGCUCCCAUCCCUCUCAACAUAGACUUUAAUCUGUUAAUUGAAAACAUAAAAGAUUUAAAUGUGUUAGCUGGUGAAGGUGUUGCAAAAAUUAAAAAAACUGCAGAUGGUGCAAGAUUUGAAAUUCCUGAUCCAGUGCAAUUAACCAUCUAUGCUAAUGGCAUCCUAAUGUAUGAUGGACCAUUCAGACCCUACACAGACCCGACAACUCGCCAGUGUGUACAGGAUUUGCUUGAUGGCUACUUUCCUACAGAGUUACAGAAAAGGUAUCCUGACGGAGUACCUUUUGUUGUGACUGAUUUGCGUGGAACUUACUUUCAGCCAAAAAAACACCUAUUAGCUUUUGCUGGAGAGGGUCAGACACUUGGAGGUGAGAUUAAACCAUCACGUUUGAUCCGUACAAAUUUACGAGAUGCAACCAAAAAAUUCCCACUAUCAAGUCCACUUGGACACACUGAAAAACUUGACAAGUCUUCAGAAUCUGUCAUUACAACAAGCAGGCUGCCAAAUAAACCAUUGACACAAGCUCAGUUUCUACACAAGAUACCCAAGUCUGUGGUCAGAGAUGGCAAGAUUAUAGACAUCCGGGACUCUAUUCAAAAGACACUGCUAGGCAAUGACGACUCAUACACUAAGCCAACAGUCACCCCAGUUAUUUCUGUAUCAAAAAGCAUCUCAGAUACUGCUCAAAAUGCUGACAGAUCUAAAUCGGCAACUAAACUACAGGGGGACAUAACAACAUUGAGAGUAAAGGCAGAAAAUGGCAGUGAUACUUAUAUUGUGAAGAUGUUAUUCACUGAAACAGUGGGAGACCUGAGAAAACAUUUGGAUUCCCUCAGAAGGCCUAAGGUACCCUAUGAUAUUGUUACUACAUUCCCAUUUAAAAUACACAAAAAUAACACACUGUCUCUAGAAGAUAGUGGUCUCACUCCCACUGCAGUCCUACAUUUGAAGCCUCAUAGGGAAUUAUAAUUUUAAAAAGCAAAUGAGUUUAAAAUGUUUAUCACAGUAAAGACAAUACAUUUUAUGGAGUUUACUUUUUUAGGUAUAAAAUUGCAUCUAAAUAUUUGAAAGGUAAAUUAAUGGAAACUGACUGAGGCUUUUAAAAACAAGUUAUGUUUAAAUCCUAAAACUGUGACCAAUUUUGUUACAUUUCAUAUAUCAAAGGAGUUUGGAGAUUUUCUUUUUUUUUAAAACAGAUAUAUUUAAAAAAAAUAAAAAUUUUAAGCUUAAAGAUAUUGUGUAACAUUUAAGUAUUAUUUUGAUGUAGAAAUAUACAAUUUAAAUACCAGGAAAAGUACUUGAUUAUCAUUAAAAAACCAUACCAAUAUUUUCACAAGUCAAGCAUGAUGAGCUAAAAUUCAGAUCAAUAAUUUUGAAAUGCUUUUAAACCCAAGACAGAAGAUUCUAUACCCUUCUUACUGUCCCUUAAAUAGGCUUUUCAAUGCUAACUUUGUGUGCCAUGAAAUGAUCCUCCUUUUGCCAACCUUUUAUACAAAGUAAAAUCGCUAACACUGCUUGGUGGUUAUUUAUUUUAAUACCUGUGCUUUCUACGUACAAAAUACCAACAUAUAUUAACUUUUUGGACAAUAAUUAGUUGUUUGAUAAAUUAACAUUAAAAAUAUUUUUGUGUGUACAAUGAAACUAGUUUUAAUUUGAUAAAUAAAAACUGUUAUACCUUGUAUUUCUACUUUAUAUUUUUACACAAUUACAGCAUCUAUCAGAAAGUUAAUAGAAGAAUCUAAAUGUUUUUUUAUCUGAACAAUGUAGUGUUUGAUAUUGUGAAAACAGAACCCAAGUUUUUUUUAAUCCAAGUGCAUUAGUAGCACAGUGCAUAAAAUAAGUAAAUAACACAUCUGUAAGUUGUUAUAUAACAGCCAUCAGGCUUAAUUUUACAUCUAAUUUCUUAUGAAACUAACAUUUAUUACUUGGUAUAUAAUUCAUCUAAGCCUAAGAAACAAUGAACAUCACAAUGUAUAAAAACUGAGUAAAUGCCUACUCUGUUUAACUCCAGAUGUCAUUUUUAAAUAUUUCUUGAUUAUUUUGUUCUCAUAAAAAUCUUAAUAUUUAUCACUUGAAGUGUUAACUAGAUUUCUGCUGUAUAAUAUCCCUGGUAUUAAAGUAAUGAAUGAAAAUAUAAGGACUAAUUUAUAUUUUUUAUAUUUUUAUAAAUACAUGUACUUUUAAUGUGUUGAAGCAGGAUCAAAUACAGAGUUUAA